GAGUCAGUGCGCGGUAUUCCGUCUAACCAGCGACGGUACGCAACUCCAUUCGUUCGUUUGGAUCGCGAAAACGUAGAAUAAAAUCGGUGGAAAAUUUUCUUCGGUCGAUAUUUCGAGAAACGAUCACAGUUUCAUUAGCCACGAGUCGUUCUCUGACGGAUCGUGUUUAUAUCGCGUGGAAAAUACACGAAAAUAUCGGAUCUGACGACUACGAUAAAACAUCGAAACCGGAAAUACGUUGUCGCAUAUAAGUACGUACGACGAAAACGACGUGUUCGUUGCGUUGACGAUAGAGAAAAAAGAAAAUAUAACGGAACAGAAAGUAAAUUGUAGCGUGAAGCGUGAUCCUGAAAAAGUUAGCCGCGUGGUCGAGCAUAAUUCCAGGUGCUAAAUUUAAAUGUGUUGCCUCGAUCCCCUUGGGUUAUUUCGCCUAGGUUGGCUGCGCUCAAACGGCUCGCUAGCGAACCUCUAUCGUCAGCCCUGCCGGCAGUGGUAUCGGUGUUGAUCGUUGUUGCCAGGUAUUAUACGUGAAUCGUGGUCGCCAUUGCCGGCGGUAGCGGCAUUGGUGUGAACACGAACACACAUCGCCUGCGCGAUCGCGAGCUUACCACCACUACGCGAGUCAGUCGACGGUCUGCCGGCGAGCAGUGCGGACGCGUCGUGGAAGGUUUGAAGUUGUCGUUGCCCGCAAAUAUUUGCUGGCACGACCGCGAUUUCGCCCCACCGUCGGUGCCACGGUAACGCACGGCUCCCGCGGACAGAACCACUUCCCCUCUGCCCGGCCCGACGACCCUCCCUCCCUCGACGGUUACCCGGUGUUCUACCAGCGCCGCGGCGGUUCCCCUCUAUUGAUCGAAUUUGACCUGCGAAGUUUCCCCUAGCGUGUGCGGUAGUGGCGGCCGGCAGUGGCUCUCGCGCUUACGUUCCUCGGUUAGUGCGGUAAAUAAUCGCGAUACCUCGGCAUGGCUACUCCGACCGCUUGCACGCGGUUUAGUGACAACUAUGACCUCAAGGAGGAACUGGGCAAGGGUGCCUUCUCGGUGGUUCGACGAUGCGUUCAGAAGAGCACCGGUCACGAAUUCGCCGCGAAGAUUAUAAAUACGAAAAAGCUGACAGCCAGAGAUUUUCAGAAGCUCGAACGCGAGGCACGAAUAUGCAGGAAGCUGCAGCAUCCAAAUAUUGUGAGAUUACACGAUAGCAUACAGGAGGAAAACCACCAUUACCUCGUCUUUGACCUAGUAACCGGCGGCGAACUGUUCGAGGAUAUCGUGGCGCGAGAAUUCUACAGCGAAGCGGACGCGUCUCAUUGUAUUCAACAAAUCCUGGAAAGCGUUCACCACUGCCAUCACAAUGGAGUUGUGCACAGGGACCUGAAACCCGAAAAUUUACUCCUCGCAAGUAAGGCGAAGGGCGCGGCUGUGAAAUUAGCGGACUUCGGAUUGGCGAUCGAGGUGCAGGGUGAAGCACAGGCAUGGUUCGGUUUCGCCGGGACGCCCGGUUACCUCAGCCCGGAAGUACUCAAGAAAGAACCAUACGGCAAGCCAGUCGACAUCUGGGCGUGCGGUGUCAUUCUUUACAUCCUCCUGGUCGGUUAUCCGCCAUUCUGGGACGAGGAUCAGCAUCGAUUGUACGCGCAGAUCAAGGCCGGAUCAUACGACUAUCCAAGCCCAGAAUGGGACACCGUCACGCCGGAAGCCAAGAACCUAAUCAAUCAGAUGCUGACGGUGAACCCGAGCAAAAGGAUCACCGCCAGCGAGGCAUUGAAGCACCCGUGGAUCUGCCAACGUGAACGUGUCGCAUCCGUCGUCCACAGACAAGAGACUGUGGAUUGCUUGAAGAAAUUCAACGCAAGGCGCAAAUUAAAAGGCGCUAUUCUGACGACCAUGUUGGCGACGAGGAACUUUUCCAGUAAGUAUGAUGCACAGGGUCGGAGCAUCAUCACGAAGAAGGGCGAUGGCUCUCAGGUGAAGGAAUCGACCGACAGCAGCACAACGAUCGAGGACGAUGACGUGAAAGAGGAUAAGAAGGGCGUCGUCGACCGGAGCAGCACGGUCAUUGCCAAAGAACCCGAAGCUGGCAGCGCAGGAAGUGCUAGCAGCAGUGGUAGCAGCAGCAACAGCCAGAACAGCCAGACUGGCGCUUCACCAUCCUCGCCAGCGGCCGUCUACAUCGGCAACAACCACGUGGCGACGCCCAUGGUAUCGUCGCGACGCUACGACUCAUCGAACAACGAACUGGAGAUUCGACGCGUGGGCGGUUCUGGAUACAUGCCACUCGGUCAAGCCGAGUGGUGCGACCCAGAAGAUGGUAAGAAGAACACCAACGCCGGUAAGGUCGCUGAGAAGUCGAAAAAUAAGAUGGACGAGGAAGCCUGCUCGAAGCUUAGACGGUGUUGCUUGUUGUCGUGAAGUUUUUUCGAGUCUCGCGACACUGCACGAUCAAAUGAUAAAACUUUUAUCGCCAUCGAGAAGAUUUUUCUUCGAUUCUUUCACUUUGUCCAAUUUUUUUUUCUUUCGCUUCUUCGAGAUUCUUCUACCUUUUCAAAAGUAGUUAAGAUCCGUUCAAGCGCGAAUAUUCGUAGAAUAGUCGCGUAAUCGGUAGGAAAAAUUUGUGUAUUCUCAUUCAUUGUGAGAAGACGAAUGUUUAUGCAAACUUAUGUCUUUGUGCAUAAUAAAGAAAUGGAAUCGUCAUAAUCGUCAUAAUAACGAAUACUAUGUUUUCAAUAUUUUAUUCGGUAUUUUUGCCUAGCGUAUUUAUUCUGUGCGUUUUCGCUUUGGAAUCUCUUAAAGUAAAUGCAUAAUUUACCACAAUUUAAUUAUAACAAAUAGAAACACAAUUUUUCAGACUGUCUUGUAAAGAAGACAUAACACAGUAAAAUCGAAGACUAAUUUUACGAGAGACAAGCAUAGUUAUCGUUCAAUUAAUUAAUAACAUAUUAAAGUAUUAAGUAUGCAACAUUGUGUAUACUCAACAUUGAAAGUGAAAUGGUUAAAGAAGAAUCGAAUAUGGUUUUUUCAAUUUGAAUAUAGAUACUGACUUAGAGAAAAAAUUGUUAAAUAUAACUAUUGAAAAGUAUUGGUGGAAGAUCAAUUUUGUAGAAAUUUCUGAGAAUCGUACGGUGUCGCGAACAGGCUCUCCGCAUGUCUCUUGUUUUGCUUUUUCAAAAUCGUUCCUCUUUUGGAUAUUCCCAGUUUAUGGGUGCCAUAAUUUCUUUUUCUUAGUAGACCUCGUUGAAUUGAUCCGUGACACGAUAAAAUUAUCCUUAAUUUCCUCCAUAAAUCUUUAAUAGAAUUAUACGUAAUAAUCCUUAGACUGUUGUCAAUGAUUGAUAAAUUAUUAAUAAUAUUAUAAUCAAUAAUAAUAUAAUUAUCAAUGAUUCUAAAGCUUAUUUAUGAGAAUUGAAAUAAAAAUUUCAAUUUUCAUCGUGUCACGGGGUUUCUGUCGCGAGUAGUCACAGUUUUAUUUUGGACGGCAUCCCGCAAGUAGUAAGUAUCGAUUUUGAUCGGACAAGGAGCACAUCGACAGGCACGCAACGUCGUGGAGGGACGUCUCGCAGCGUUUGACCUUCGUACUACUAGAAUCUUCGUGAAAACUGAAUAAUCCCGAUAUUCUAAGAUAUUUCCUCCUCUCUUUUCUUACAUCGAACAAACACACGCUCUGAAGAUCGUCAUUGUACGAAACGGAGCAUGCGAAUCGAACAGAAUUCUCAAGAAUCAAAGUUGUCUUUGUGCGUCCCUCAUUACUCGCCCUGUAUUAUAUAUCGUCGUAGAAUUUAAUGUGCAAGCAGGCGCUCGUAAAAUAUCAUUUCCCCAUAAAAGAAAUGUUAAAGCGCUUUACGAAUAUAUUUUGUUAAUACUAAAAUUCAUACUGAAGAUUAAAUAGAUAUUAGAUGAUUUAAAAGAAAGUUAAACAUUAUUUAUUAAAUAAUUCUUUGAAUUAUUCACGAUAAUUAUUUGCUGUAUCCUACUUGUAGACAAAUCGUAGACACAUUACAGAUUUGUAGAUUUUUAAUUUUGACAACUAAAUGAUAUUAAACACGUGAGGAAAUAUUUUCAUUUCUUUUCGAUGCUCAAUUUGCCUGAAAACUACUUUCGCCAAUAAUAAAGAGUUUUAUAAACUUUGAUAUUAAGUGUAAUUAUCAUCGAUCGAUUUAGGAAACAUCCUUUGUCAAAUUCAAGUCCACUGAAAAAUAAGUAAAAAUUCAUUUAAAAAAUAAUUAAUUCGUAAAUGAAGCAUCUUGUAUCCUUUCACAGUAAAUUUAAUUCUAUUAAUUUAAAUAUCAUAAUUUCGAUUAAUGCAGAAAAUAUUCUUCGUCAAAUUCGAAUGCAUUAAAGGAUCGUCAUCGAUCAAAUGUUAUUGACAAGAAAAAAGUAUUAUUAAGGGUUAAGCAAUAAAUCAUGAAAUAUACCAAAAUAUCGACAUAGAAAUGAUAUUUUACCCGCGUAGAAACAUUAAUUAGGCUGUCGCCCACGCUAUAAAUCCACGUGUAAUCCAUGUGUAGGCGCAAACUGUGAACGUACCAAUAAACUUGUGAAACCCGAUACGUUGUGUUGUAUGAGAAACGAAACGAAUUAUCGGACAGGCUUCGUAGUUAAUUACAUUACUUUAAGCUAGUCUGCUGGUAGAAGAAUGGUUUUUUUAAUGGGCAGCAGUCUCUCGCCUAACAAAUUACUUUCCUUUUUUGUUGAAAAGAUACAAAUAAAAAACAAAUGUCGUGCGUAGGAGGUGCAAGUUAUAAAUGGUUCGAAGCUUCUACUUUUUUAUUGGACGCUUCUCGUAACAUACAUAUAGUAUGCAUAUGGGGAAAAUAUGCUUUUAUCGUCGUAUCGACGAUGCUGUAAAAGCUACGUAUCUCGUUCUGCGUAUCUAUCUUCGUUUCCAUUGUGUCGUUGAUUUUGUAUCGAUUUCUUUUUAUUUUUCUUUCUUUCUACGCUCCGAAGGUGAAAGAAACCCGGUAUAUUAUAUCUUGCGUGCACAUGUGCAUUACGUGCACGCGUAUAAGGUGAUUCAUUGACAAUAAUUGGAAUUUUAAAAAGGGACGAGUCGUGUGAAACAUAUGUCUGAUCAUUGACGAUCUAAUACUACUUCCAAAUCGAUUUCUUACUUUCUUUUGUUAUAUUUUCUCAAUCGAAUUUUAAUUCCUUAUUAUGUGUUCUACGUUUAAUACGCGUUAAUUAUUAUGAAGUCACUUUUUCACAAAUUUUGAAGUACAUGAAUAUUUGCCACAAUUUGUAUGUCAGUGGAAAAACUUAAUAUCCUUGUUCUACGGCAAUUUUAUUUCAUAAUACCCUAUAAUAAUAUUAUGAAAUAAUACUAUUGUAUUACUACUCUAAUAGUACAAUACGUCACUUUCUAUAAUGAUAUUAUAGAAAAAAAUUGUCUUAUAUUAAAUAUUCUACAACAUUCUGUAAAAUUUUCUUUCAAAGUUAAUCAUUUAAAUAAUAUCGAUUAAUAAUUAAAUCGAUGAAUCACCUACAGUGUAUCGU